AUGGCAAAGCCAAGUAAAGAGCACUGGAGUGGUGUGAAGCGUAUAUUACGAUACCUAAAGGGAACAACAGAUCACGGAUUAAAGUUUUCGGCCGAAGGAAACCCUGACCUUUUAGGAUUUUCUGAUGCAGAUUGGGCUGGAGACAUUAAUACAGGCAAAUCAACAUCAGGUUACAUUUUUCAAAUUGGUAAUUGCACAGUCAGCUGGUCAAGCCGAAAACAAAGAACGGUUGCAAAGAGGACAACUGAAGAAGAAUAUGUAGCAUUAAGUUACACCACGCAGGAAGCAAUUUGGAUUCAAAGAUUACUUAUGGACAUUACAUUUGGAAUGGAAGGACCAAUUACAAUCUUUGAGGAUAAUCAAGGAGCGAUUGAACUUGCAAAGAAUGCUAAGUACCACAACCGUACUAAUAUUGACAUUUGUCAUCAUUUUGUCCGGGAACGAGUUCAGUCGAAAGAAGUCAAUUUUGUUCACUGCUCAACUGAUCAAAGGAAAGCCGAUAUUCUAACGAAAGGAUUACCAAAAUUUAACUUUGAGAAAUUGAGAUCUUUGAUAGGAGUCACCACAACAUGA